AUGAACUCAAAACUCACAAGCGAGCUGAUAAGGGAUGAACUGCAGUCUUUCUGCUUGACCUUCGCAGCUCUUUACAAGCUCAUUCUCAUCUCAUUUGAAUUUUCACUUGUCUGCGGAACAAUAAAAAAUGUCGUUUCAAAUGUUGCGAUGUGCCAAUUAAAGUUUAACAAUUUCAUGGGAAUUGUGACUACAAAUAAUAAUUGCGAAAGCAUCUCAAAUUGUCAUCAUAAAAAGAAGAAGAAACUGCACUGCAUUAAACAGAUUCGAAUAAAAAAUAAUUCCACCUUGAUGCGAAUAGGGUUGGAUGCAAUUUGUCGACAUCGAAGUAAACGAAGAAGCAGCAGAAAAUGUUUCACUUUUAAUCAAAACAAUGCUCGAAUGUAUCAGUCGAGUCCAACUCUGCCCAAUGUCGAAGCUGAGGUUGUUGUCUGCCUUAUUAUUUUAAUAAACAUCUCACAAUCUCAAUCACCAUAA